GAAAGACUAACCAUAUAAAAAUUUUCGCAGCAUAUGUAGAAUUUUUUUGCAAAUAAAUUUAUUAAUAUUUGACGAGUUAUGGCUUUCGUUUCAUAGCGCGAGUCAAGUAUAUCUAUCGAUUAAAUAUAAAAGAAAAGAAAACAUUUCCGAUAACUUAACCAGAAAAUUUGUAAUUGCUUUGCGAGAAGAAGGCCGGAAUAACCUAAAAAAAUCAUUAAAUAAAUAUUUAAAAGUAUAAAGAUCAACGUGAAACAUUAUUCUUAUAAAAAUAAAUCAAUAUACACACUCACGCACACACAAAUCAAUAUAUACAACACAUACAUGAUGGGCCUGUCACUAGAUCAAAUGUUUACGACGUACAGUUGUUUAAUGUUUGCGACAUUAAUUAGCGUUGUUUACGCACAACAUACGGCGAAAGAUUGCGAUGCGUUACGUUUGUGCAAAGCUGAUCAAUAUCAACCAACAUGCGUUCUGGACAAAGUGAGAUUAUGCUUUCAAAGAUUCCCAUCACCAUGUCUAAUGCGUCAGUACCAGUGCUUAUUUAAUACGACUUACGUCAACUAUCAUUUGAGCUAUUGCAUGAUUGAUCAAUUCGUUUGUGAAGAGUCUCUGUGGUUAAAAGAUGAGUACAAUACGUAUGGCAAAGGCGAUAACGUUUUCAUUUAUUAUGAGAAACCUCAAGAAAAUGUUGAAAUCAUUUUACAAGGCAGCAGUGAUGAGGACGUCAAUAAUUCUACGAAGCAGAAUGAAGCAGAAGACGAAUAGUGCAACAAAUUUUUACAACGAAAUAGCACCGACUUUCGGAAUAUCGCAAAUAACUAAAUACAUAAAUUAAAACUCCCGGACAGCUAAUGUGAAUUUUUUUGAAGACCCAGAUUGAAUAUAAUUAUAUAAUGUUUUUUUUUGUCGUCCAUAUAAUAUGCAUUAACCCAUUACGAUCAGAUUAUUAUUUUAUCUUUAGUUGUAAAGCAGUCGAAGAAACGAAUCGCGUGUACAUAGAAAAAUAACACCUUAUAUAUUGCAUAUUUUCUCUCCGCUGGAAACAAUCGUCGAUGGAAGCCCUAUUAUAUAUCCGUGCAUGACGGACAGGUAUUUUAAAUUCCACCGAAGAAACUUAUGGAAUUUGCUUGCUAAAGAUUAAAACCUCUUUUUGUGCAAAGCUGCGCCAAACUUUCUAUUCGUGGACCGGCACAAAUACAAUCUUUGCAAAUACGUAUGAAAUUUAAUUGUGAAUGAUAUCGAAUGCUGUCAGACAACAGUUGAUAUCAUCCUAUAUGCAAGUCCUCUUAAGGCACUCACCUCGGCCACAAUGAUGUUUUCAUUAUUUCUAAUCGGGAGAAGGAUAUCCUUAAAUCUUUUCUAGGAACAUGCUCAAAUUAUGCAUUUGCGGAAAGGUGAAUUUGGCUGCUUACCCGUUAGCAUGCAAGAGACUUUAAAAUUUACAGUUGUUACGCUUUUCGAGAAAGUAUGUUAUUUUCUUACGCAAAUUCUGGCAAACUAGUAAUUUUCCCUCGGCAACGCCUACUUCGCCAUAAGAAUUAAAACGAUUAUGCCAGCAAGUCAUUUUUUGCCACCAUAUCAUCUCCCAUCAAUUUGCUGCUCUACAAUAUAAGAAACCAUAUGUGAUAAAUGCGAAAGAUGCUGAGAGCAUAGCUUUCAUCAAAACUGCGAAGAAUUAAUAAACUAAAUGACUUGAGCGAUA